AUUAUAUCCGGACGAUCCUGUAACGGUCAUCGAAGUGCACAUCAUGGCGGCGAGUGCAGGGCGAGGUGACGGCGCGGAAGUCGCGUUUGUCGUCAAGCUGAUCCAGGCAGACCUUAUUUCGGCAGAUGAGACGGUCAGUCGGCCGGCCCUAGAAGCAUGGUGGGGCCGCAGGCCUUUCUCAGGGACGACAUCCAUCGUGGACACAUGGGUCGCCAAUGGGUGGAUCGAAGAGCUCAAACCCGUGUCCUUGUGUGCGUCCAUCCAGCCUUCGUACACACUCCGUCUCUCGGUGCCAGCCGUGCGCGAGCUGUUGGCGGUACAACCUCCACGCACCGCUGACAAUGGCGACUCGAGCCUAAAAUCGCCUGACGACGGCAUGUCCACGCAGUCCAAGGGAGCGCUCUUUGAUGCCACGUUCCCAUCCCUUGGGGCUUCGGCCAAGAAAUCGUUCCUUAAACUGCACGACCCGUCCGUCAUCUUGUAUGCGACCAUGGGCCUCCAACUGGUGGUGCACGGCGCGUCCACCGUCGCCACGUUCUCUCGAGAUAUGAAAGCGAUGGGCGUGGACGCUCAAACUCGAACCAUCGUCACGAAUUACUUAGCCAAAUCCCCUAUGCUUCCCUCCUCCUCUUCCUCGGCAAGGCUACAACCGGCACCGCACCCCCGGUCCUGACCAAUGAUCGCACACUCCCAACAUCUUGGCCACGAUUGUUUAGUGCAGUGGCGCAAAGUUCUGGGCCGCCGCCGCGAGUCGAGCUAGCUCCAGCGAACUCACGAGCCCAAUGUCUUCGUGAAACGAUAGCUUGAUAUACGACGUCAGCGGCGGCGUCGAUACGUAGCCGUUCAACGCGGCAUUAAACUAGCACGAAAUCUCAUCAGCAUCCUCGCUGGCCCCAUCAUAGACCGGCCAACUUAUUUGGUGUGGAAUAGAUGAAUGGACAGAGUGGCUUGCUUACCUUGGUGUGGAUU